AUGGCGGCCCGAGAUGACUCCUCAUUCCCCCGUCCCACCCCCUGCGCCAGGCUCUCCAGCGACAGCACUGUCAGCGAAGGCGCCGCCAGCGAGGGCGCUCAAACGGCCAUGACCAGCGUCGCCGACGAGGAUCUCGAUCGUAAUCUGGACAUGGCAGACGACGACGACGAAACCGCCGCCGACGAGAACUACGACUAUCAUGAUGUCGACACUGCGUCCCUGUAUCCCGUCAGCCACUAUCCUCGCCCGGCCAGCCCGCAUGGAACCCUCAUGCAGCUCUAUCUGGAUGACCCCAUGAAUGCCUAUUCAGACCACGCCGCGUCGACCCGAUCCCUGUGGGUGCCGGAUCUCGACUAUCGCGAGAUUCAUGGCCGGCGCUACUGCAGAGAUUACUACAUGCCCAACGACGAGAUUGAGCAGCUGCGCCUUUCCCUGCAGCACCAAGUCUUCCUGCAUCUUCUCGAGGGCGACAUGACGUGCGUCCCUCUCGACGACCCCAAAAACAUACUCGACGUCGGCACCGGCACCGGCGAAUGGCCCAUCCGCAUGGCAGAGCUCUUCCCCGACUGCGAGGUCGUCGGCACCGACAUAUCCGCCAUUGCCGAGACCAAGAGCGUUCCCAUGAACGUCUUCUUCGAGAUUGAAGACGCCGAGGAGUGGGAUAGGCCCCCGGACCACUACGAUCUCAUCCACUUCCGGUGCAUGGAGGGAGCUUUCCGGGACUGGCCCUUCAUAUACGACUGCGUCUACGACUCGCUCAAGCCGGGCGGCUGGAUCGAGUUGAUCGACUUUGAUAGCCUCGAGUCGGUCAAGAUCUGGUUCACCGCCUUCUCCGAGGGCUCCCCCAUCUUCGACAUGGCCAGGGACCUCGAGAUUGCUGCCGAGCAGAUUGGCAGGAAGCGGGGCAUCUCACACAUGGACCCGCAGCUCUUGGUGGAAGCGGGCUUCGUGGAUGUCCAGGUGACGGAGCACGCGAUUCCCAUGUUGGUGGGCGACAAGUCGGCAGGCAAGCUCUGGCUGAUAUCGUGCCUCGACGCCCUCGAGGCCAACUGCCUGCGCCUCCUGACGCAGCAAAUGGGGUGGGACCCGGACAAGUGCAAGGUGGCGUGCGAGCAAGCGGCCCGCGAGCUGGCCAACCUCGCCAAGGAUCCGGAAAAGGCAAAGGGCCUCUUGGUCAAGGCGCGCACUCUGGCCGCGCGAAAGCCGCUCGAGGCUGGCUCCGAGGCCCAGAGUACAUCGGGGCCAUCGAGGUCGCCCAGCGCCGAGCUGGUCGAUGCUGCGCCUCAAGUCUCGUUCCAGCCGCCGCCGAGCCCGCGACACAGCAGCCGGGGCGGGGUGGAGUGGCAAGGGGAGUGGAAAAAGGAAGCGUAG